UUGCGUUGUUUUUGGUGGUGAACGAAGCAUCGAUUGUCAACGAUUAUUAAUGAGAUUAAAUGAACAUUAGAUUGAAUAUGUAAUCUGGUUUUAUUCACCUAACCUUGCACAGUGCGAUUUAAGGAGGAUAAAAUUUGGAUCCAGUGACGCAAACAGUUGCCCAUCUCGAAAACAAAAUACAAAAAAGACCGCGUUAGCUUAAAGAGCCAUUUUUGUUCAGGUAUUCCAGGAACUUAACAUGACAACGCUGCUUAUUAAAGACGUGUCAACACUGAGCGAUUUACAGUAACAUUUAUUUUAUAUGAUCGAGUCAGCGUGACGUCACUAUGCGACGGCUUACCCCCGAUGACCUGCCGAUGGAUCACAGCCGCUACGACCUCUACAUCAUGUCGAAGUAUCGUCGAGAACAGCGCCUACAGACGAAACAAGAGCUGCGACAGAUAGCGCUGGAGAGCCAGAGCCUGCGAGAGUACAGCCAGCGGCGGUUCGACUACGCCGUCCACACCUUCGCCCAGGGAAGCCGUCCCGGCACCUGCCUGGGUCAGCGGCACCUUCUGUCGUGCUCCCACCGGCCGAGCACGUCGACUGGCCCCACCCGAAACGGCAGCGUGCUGUACAACAAGACCCCACUCCUGCUCAACACCCUGAGGCUCCGGCCCCAGUCCUACACAUCCAGUUCCUUCGAGCAUGCGCCGAGCGUGUAUCCGGACAUCCAGAGGACGCUGUGCGAGAGCAACUGCACCUACCAGGUGUCGCACCCCCCUCCCGAGACCCGCGCCGCCACCGCCCCUGCUGCCCCUGUGGAGGACUUCAUCCUGGUUCCACUCAGCAAUCGGAACCGACUGGGGGAUGAAUUCUCGGCCGCAGCUCCGGCUUGGACCGACGGUGGGAGCGGCGUCGGUUCGCGACACGGGUCGUCGUCGGAGCGGUCUCUUUCCAAGUCGAGGAUCGACGCGACGUUCACGCAGUCGUCGCUGAAGCCGGCGGCGGUUUCUCCACAAGUUACAGGUCUUUCUUGUUCCAGAGCAUCAGACGGCGGGGAAGAUGACCAAGCAAAGAAACCAGAACACGAAAUAGAACACCACGGUUCUACAGCAGGUGCUCUGGCCGUUUCCAAACAGUCUCAGCGAGACGAAGCGAGCAUUCGCCUUACAGUAGCUGAACCGCCGAGGAGGAGGAGAACAGCCCCGGGGAGUGCAGUUCCCGGCAGUCGGCACUCCAGUCUCUCGUCCGGGGGCUCCCUGAACGCCGCCGUCACGUCGACGCCGGUGUGCUGGGUGGACAACGCCACCGUCUCCAGCGACAUGUCCCCGGAGCACAUGUCAGAAGAAGAUGGCGAGCACGCGGAUGGUGACGGCGCCCAGCCGCUCGACGUGGAUGGGAACCCCGUGCAAACUCCCCAGGCUGCCGCCGUCGAGGACGCUAACGUUAAGACGACCGCCGGCGGCGUCGUGGAGGAGACCCCCGCCGAGGUCUCCCCUGAGUUGCAGGUGGUGGCAAGCCUCGCUGCUGCUGAUGAUGAUGACGUCGAAGAAGAACCAACAAUAGAAUUGCCGACCUUUCUGUGUCCCUUUUCUGAGAGGAAGUCGCGACAAGAAGCAAUAAAACUGUGGUUGGCUAAAACUAGUUACACCCUAGCAGAGAAAACUGUGCCAUUGUUGUGAACAAGUAUAUAUAUAUAUAUAUAUAUAUAUAUAUUGUAUAUAUAAAACAUGCCUUGUUUUUCUCACCAAGUACAAAUAGUGUGAAAGGAGCUCUGUCAUUUCAUGUUCUAGGAUUCGCACAAAGAUUCCUGAUUUUUUUUUUUUUAAUUGUUUUUUUUUUAUAAGUGAGACAUUGUCCUCUACUCCUCAGUCAUUCCACAAACCAUAACCUAUCAUUAAUACAUGCAGUUAAAACAUUCUAAUAUCAUACGAAAGUAUA